UGUAGUGACCAUCUUGUUGACUUUCUCCUAGUUUAUGCAAAACCUCACCUGCUAACUUUAUCUCUCUCAAUACAAUCCAAAUAACAAAACACCCCACCACCUUCAAAUACUUGUAAGAGAGGUUCUCGAUAUUUGAGCAAUAGUGUGACAUGUAAGCUUUUUAUUAGUUAUGUGCAGAGUCUCUAAAUGAAAUGUCUGUGACAAGGCUCACAGCCCAAUCAUUUUCAGUGCAUUGAAAGGGGCAGCUCAAUCCUACCCACCCAACCAAAAGAAGAGACUCUGCGUAUAAUUAAUGCAUGGGAGGUGAGGGAGAGUAAAUUCGCUGUUCAUUGAAUUUCUGUCAUGUGCCUUAAAUGCUCCAUUAAACUUGACUGCAGAAACGCUGCUCGAUGUUUGAUGCAUGCAGCGGCAGAGGGCCGACUACUGACAAAACGGGUGCGUGGCUGCAAGGCAGGGGGGUGAUGAAUUAGAAUUGAGGGCCACCUAGCAUUUAUUAUAUGAUUCGACUUGGAUUUUGCGGUGCAGAGGCGCAAACUUCCUCAUAGUCAUUUCUAAGGAUAUUUUGUUUGCAUGGCGGAAGGUGCUUACGUGAAAAUCCUUGAAAGCGAAAGCAUUCCAUGAACAGAGGAAGAGGGAUAGUGAGGUCAAAGAUGAGCUUGUGCUUGUGCGAGUGGAGAUGGAGAUGGAGAUGGAUUGUGGUGAUGGUGUUGGUGCUGGUGAGCUUAAAUGGGUGGUAUUGUUCACUGUUGGAAGACUCGUGGUGGCUUUUGGAGAGCAAGGAUAGGUUCCAGGAUCCAUUUGGGGCAGUGGGGAGCUGGUCUCACUCCACACCUGUGUGUGAAUGGAGUGGGAUAUCAUGCUCCAAGGAUAAUACCGUUGUGGGCCUCAAUUUAUCAUCUUCUUCUCUGUCCGGGAGCAUUUCCCCUGCUCUGGGCAAACUACAGGACCUCCAAUUCCUGGACCUGUCCUCUAAUCAUCUGACAGGCCCCAUUCCUCCUGAGCUUGGGAAUCUCUCAAGGCUCUCUGUGUUACUGCUCUAUUCUAAUGGGCUCUCCGGAAGCAUUCCAAAGGAGCUGGGCAUGCUCAAAGGGCUCACUGUUUUGAGAAUUGGAGAUAAUGACUUGUUGGGAAGGAUUCCUCCCGAGCUAGGCAAAUUGAACAAGUUGACAACUCUGGGACUUGCUACUUGUUUGCUGAAUGGCCCCAUACCGCCUGAGCUAGGACAGCUGGCAGAGCUUCAAACAUUAAAUUUACAGGAGAAUGGACUGAAUGGCACAAUCCCCAAGGAACUUGCGCAAUGCAGCGGUCUCCAAGUCUUAUCUCUUGCAGCCAACAACCUGGAAGGGGAAAUCCCAGCUACAUUGAGCACUCUCCAGCAACUUGUGAAACUGAAUCUGGCAAACAAUACGCUGUCCGGACCUGUCCCUCCUGAGCUUGGUAAGCUUAGUAGUCUUGUUUAUUUGAAUCUGCUUGGAAACAAGCUUAGUGGUAAUGUUCCAUCGGAACUCAGUAUGCUUCUGCAGCUUAAGACUUUAGAUUUGUCUAGCAACAAUCUUACUGGGAUCAUUCCCACCGAGCUUAGUAUGCUACAGAAUCUAGAGUUCCUGGUUUUGUCAAAUAAUUCUUUGCAAGGCACCAUUCCGAAAAGGCUUUGUGAGAACACAACAUUGGGACAUCUUUAUCUGUCAAAUAAUGGCCUCACUGGAGGCAUUCCAGAAGACAUAGUGAAUUGUUCAUAUGUGGAGGAGUUAGAUCUUUCCAAUAAUGAGCUCAAUGGUUCAAUUCCCUCCAAUAUUGGUGGUUUAAUUAAUCUCACUAAUCUUCUGCUGCACAACAAUAGCUUGACAGGAAAUAUCCCUACAAGCAUUGGUAACCUGACCAAUUUAGAAACUCUUGCUUUGUUCCACAAUCAACUUAGUGGUGAGGUUCCAUCGGAGAUUGGACAACUUGAGAACCUGGAAAUUUUGUAUCUGUAUGAAAAUCAGCUGUCUGGCAUUAUUCCUGUUGAGAUAGGUGGGUGUUCAAAUUUAGCCGAGAUUGAUUUAUUUGGAAACCAUUUCUCGGGGAGCAUACCCAUCACCAUUGGGAGACUAAGAAAUCUGACUUUCUUACAUCUCAGACAAAAUGACUUGGAUGGUCAGAUUCCUCCGAGUUUGGGAGAGUGCAAAAAUCUGGCGACGUUGGACUUUGCAGACAAUAGACUCUCGGGAACAAUUCCUGCUACUUUUGGACUUCUUGAAAGCUUACAAUUUCUGAUUCUGUACAAUAAUUCCUUAGAAGGGUCCCUUCCCCAUGAGCUUUCCAGGUGCAAGAAUUUGACAAGGGUAAACCUCUCAAACAACAGGUUGAGUGGAAGCAUGGUUCCUUUGUCUUCAUCAAGCUUGUAUCUAUCAUUGGAUUUGACAAAUAAUAGCUUUGAGGGUGGAAUACCUCCACAACUUGGCAAUUCUCCAACUCUAGAACGCCUUAGACUGGGUACAAAUCUUCUGAACGGCAGCAUUCCUUCAGAAUUGGGCCAGAUAACAGAGCUGAAAUUGUUGGAUUUAUCCUUAAAUAGAUUAGUUGGAGUUAUUCCUGCAACUCUAGCUAAUUGUAAGCAUUUGGGUCAUCUUGACCUCAACAACAAUAAGCUUUCAGGGUCAAUUCCUGCAUGGAUUGGAAAUCUGCAGGAGCUGGGGGAGCUAAAACUGUCGUUCAAUUUUCUGAAUGGAACUAUUCCUCCACAGCUCUCCAACUGCACAAGUCUACUCACAUUGUUUCUGGACAACAAUCGACUAUCUGGAGAUUUGCCCUCCCACCUGGGAAACUUGGCUGCCCUCAAUGUCUUAGACAUGCAGAACAACCAGCUAUCAGGAAAAAUUCCCAUCUCUAUACAAAAUUGUCAAUCUCUCUUUGAACUCAGGCUUUCAAAUAAUUCUCUCGCAGGAUCCAUUCCAAUGGAGAUUGGAAUGCUUGCAAAUCUACAACGAUUUCUGGACUUGAGCGGUAACAAAUUAUCUGGAACGAUUCCCACUUCACUUGGUAACUUAGUAAAGUUAGAAGUACUGGAUCUCUCUAACAAUCAACUUGAAGGUCAUGUCCCACAAGAGCUUGCAGGUCUCAGUAGCUUGAAUACUCUCAAUCUAGCCAACAAUAGGCUUGAGGGGCAACUGCCUCCAAGUCUUUCAAAAUGGCCUUGGACUUCCUUUGAAAAAAAUCCAAGCCUUUGUGGUCAUCCUCUGAUUUCCUGUGUAACAGAUGACUUGGCCUCUGAGAAGAAAGGAUUAUCAACAGGUACAAUUAUAGGAAUUUCUAUUGCAGGAGUAGUGGGUUUUGCUAUUCUGGUUGUAAUUGUUAUUUUCCUAUUCUUGAGAGUUUCGUCAGCCUGGGAACCACCAGCAGGACCUUCCUAUAUAUACAAAAGCCAGCAAAGUGGGUUAGGCAAAAGACAAAGCAGGUGGACCUUCGGAGACAUCAUGGAAGCUACAGACAAUCUCAGUGAUGAAUUCAUUAUUGGAUCGGGAGGGUUUGGGACAAUUUACAGGGCUGAAAUGAGUAGUGGAGAGGUAUUUGCAGUGAAGAAAAUUGUCUUCAGUGAUGAUGAUCCACUUCAUGAUAAAAGUUUUGUUCGAGAAUUGCAGACCCUUGGCAGGAUUCGACAUAGGCACCUUGUCAAAUUGGUUGGCUGUUGUUCUCACCAAGGCACAAAUUUGUUGGUCUAUGAUUUUAUGCCAAAUGGAAGCCUAUGGGACAGGCUACACGGUUCUUUGGCCAAGAAGCUGUUUUGGGAGUCCCGUCUCAAGAUUGCUAUUGGCAUGGCUGAAGGUGUUGCGUAUCUUCACCAUGAUUGUGUUCCGAGAAUAAUACAUAGAGACAUCAAAUCAAGUAAUAUUCUUCUAGAUUCUGAAGGCGAAGCCCAUGUGGGUGAUUUUGGGCUGGCAAAGUCUGUGGAUGCAUCCAAGUCGACAUAUUCUACGUCCUUGUUUGCUGGCUCCUAUGGCUACAUAGCUCCAGAAUUUGCUUACUCAAUGAGAGCAACAGAGAAGAGUGAUGUUUACAGUGUAGGGGUUGUGUUGAUGGAGUUGGUAAGUGGAAAAAUUCCCACAGAUGAAAGCUUUCCUGAGGGCAUGAAUAUGGUAGCAUGGGUUCAGUCAUGCCUUUGUGAGGAUUCUAUGGGGUGUGAGGUCUUAGAUACUCGUUUAGGACCGUACACUUCUUCUGAAGAAGUAGAGAUGUUCCUGGUAUUGAAAAUUGCACUGGAUUGUACCAAAUCGUCAUACUCAGAAAGACCCACCAUGAGAGAAGUUGUUGAUAGACUCAACCAUGUGAGUAGACAGAGCAGUACCCCAAAAAGUAAAAGGUGAAAUUUGUUUCUGUUUACAUGCUCACCCACAAAAUCAAUCUCUGUUAUCUUAUGCCUCAUCUCUAAAGUAAUCCUGCGCACAAUUUUUAUUCUCAAGCCACUGUCCAUCUUAUGCAUGCAUGUCCAUUAGCCACUUUUCAUCUACACAGUAAGAGAACAAAUUCCCCACCAUCAUCAGUGUCCAUUUUCUCAAUAUAUGACCUUAUAUGCUAGCCAAACAAGUAUGAAGGAUUGAAGGUAAUAACAAAUCUUUUGAGUAAUCAACUUUCACUAGAUAUAUUUGCCUCGGUUCAUAGCAUUUUGUUUCAAUAAAAUAGCUGAAGUUGCUACUUCUGCUAAUCUGCUUCUGGUCUUCAUGGAAAAAAAGGUACAGAGCAUUGAACAAUAACAUGAAAUUAAUAUAAUACUGCUGUAUGUAAUGAAAGAGAACUUUUUAUAAAAUUAUCGGUUAUGUGACUCAUUGUUCAUUUGCUAA